AUGUCGCGUGUGGCCCUUUUGUGGUUUGGCUUUCUUACCUAUUUCAAUUUCUACACCUGCUGCACCAUUUUACGCAUCGAUUUGACAAAGCGUCGACUGAAAAAUCCCAAUCGUUUUAUUAAGGCUGUGGUCUACUUUGGCAACAUACUGCCCCUAGUCUCUAUGCCAUAUUCAUUGGCUUUGAAUUUCGAACAUACACAAUUGUAUGUGGCAAACCCUUUGGCCCUGUCUGCCCACAAUGUCAAUGCCGUGAUGCGGUUCCUGGUGGUCACUGUAGUCAUUGUUACUAUACGCAAUCGUGACGCAAGAUUGACAAAAUGGCUGGAGAAGGCAAUGGAAAUACAAGUGCAAUAUUUUGACCGUUUCAGCCAAGUGCCCAAGGAUAUUUCGCAUCGCAAAUGGCUCUAUUUAAACAGCAUAAUCAGUGUGAUCCACAAUAUCAUUACCGCCAUUUCAGCGUAUAACGAAAGCAAAAAGAAUAUUCAUGCUUUGGAUGGGGCGGAUUUAGAUGGCCUAUUUUGUAUGGUGACGUGCCAGCACAUGUAUAUGCUGCACCAUGCCGCUUUGUUAUGCUAUAUGCGUGAAUGUCUUUCCACGCUGCAUAAUCAAUUGCGCAUAGGACAGUUUGAUGCGGAUUUGAGUUUCAUUUACUACAACAUUCGCAAACUUUUGCACGAGCUCAAUGGCAUCUAUAAUCCUGUCCUAUUGGUGAUUCAUCUGUGUUUGAUCAUAUCCAACUCUCUGGUGGGCUACGUGGUAUUGCUGACCAUGAUGAUACCCGAACUCAGCUCGGGAUUGUUCCUCUACCUGUUUGGUGGUAAAGUCUAUUUGUUGUUCCUGGUACACAUGUACAUCUACUACGAGCUAUGCGAUUCGGUGGAGAAGAUGGUCAAGGAAACGGAUGACAUACUAAAGGAAAUUUCUACUCCCAACACGAAUAGCGAAUACGAUAAGCCUUUGGAGCGCCAGCUGGAUAUGAUUGCCUUAACCAAGAGUUUGUAUGAACGAGGUGUUAAUGUCUGCGGUUUGUUCAAUACAAACUUGAGCUUUCUAUUUGCGGUCUUUGCUCAAACGGUCAUGUAUAUCAUUGUGCUCAUACAAAUCGAUUAUGCUAAUCUAUAA